UAGCAGUGGAAUCUUAAAUACAAAAAGGUGGCAUGUUUGGGCGGCACUUUGAAAAUCAGUACGUCUUUUCCACGUUCAUCUAUUUGCUUUUGCAGUAUGGAUUUAUAAAUACGUGCCUGAAGUCUUUGGUGGUUGAAAAGUACGGUGAAGAAACAUGGGAAAAAUUAAGACUGCAGGCCGGUGUCCAGGAUUCUUUCUUGACUUUCGAGGUUUACAAAGAUGAGAUCACAAUGCAGCUCAUCGAUGAAGCCUGCAAAAUAUUGGGUGUUCCUGCUGAUACAGUUCUGAGAGAGUUUGGAGAGUAUUUCUUUGAAUUCUGUAAACGCUCAGGCUAUGACCACAUGCUGAGGACACUGGGUGGAAAUCUCUAUGAGUUCAUAGAGAACCUGGAUGCAUUGCACAGCUACCUGUCCCUUUCUUACCAGGAGAUGAAUGCACCAUCUUUUAGAGUAGAAAAGAAUGAAGACGGGUCAAUGCAUUUACAUUACUAUUCAGACAGAAGAGGUCUGUGCCAUAUUGUGCCAGGAAUCAUCAGUGCGGCAGCCCUGGAUUUUUUUAACAUUGAGAUUUCAAUGGAAAUAGUCAAUCAAACAGAAGAAGAAGAAAGAACUGGGAAAAAAGAGCAUAUUGUUUUUCUUGUCACUCAAACCCCUGUGUUUUCAUACAAGGAAAGAAAUGAAUUUUCUUCCUCACCUCAAAAUCUGGCUGACUCUGAAAAACAAAUUGAGAACCAACUGAAUAAAGAGGACCUUGAAAAAAACAAGAAUACAAUUAGAGACAGAGGAAGCUCUGUUUGUCCUGCCAAGAAAAGUCACUGGAAAACAAUAAGAGGAAUAAUCACGUUAGGAAAAGGUAAGCUCCUGAGAGGAUUUGAUCCUGUUUACCCCAAGAGCCUCUGGAUUGACACGAAAACAUUUUGCAAUGGACUUCCUUUUCAUAUGGUUUUUGACAAAGAGCUCAGAGUGAAGCAAGCUGGGGUGAGCAUUCAAAAGAUUGUACCUGGCCUCCAGACCAUGGGCAUCUGCUUGGAUCACUAUUUCAGUAUCGUUCACCCAGAAGUACCCUUCACCAUCUCUAGCAUUCAGAAAUUCAUCAACAGCCAGUUUGUUUUCCAGACUAGAAGAGAGAUGAUGCCAGAGUCAUGGAAACACCGGCCAAUGCUAGAGCUGAGAGGCCAGAUGAUCUGGAUGGAGUCCCUGCAGUGCAUGCUCUAUCUCUGCUCACCUUUGCUUCGCACUUUGCAUGAACUGGAGGAGCGACAGAUGCAUAUCGCAGACAUUGCACCUCACGACGUGACCAGGGAUUUGAUUCUUCUCAAUCAGCAGCGACUGGCAGAGAUGGAGCUCUCUAACCAGCUGGAGAGGAAGAAGGAAGAACUGCGGAUAUUGUCGAAGCACCUGGAGGAAGAGAAGAAAAAGACUGAAGCUCUGCUCUAUGCCAUGCUUCCUCAGCAUGUGGCCAACCAGCUGAAAGAGGGGAAGCGAGUUGAGGCAGGAGAGUUCAAGGAGUGCACUAUAUUGUUCAGCGAUGUUGUGACCUUUACCAACAUUUGUGCCCAAUGUGAGCCUAUUCAGAUAGUUCUCAUGUUAAAUUCAAUGUACCUGCAAUUUGACAGACUGACCACGGUGCAUGAUGUGUACAAGGUGGAGACAAUUGGAGAUGCCUAUAUGGUAGUAGGUGGGGUCCCUGUGCCUGUACCCACUCAUGCUGAGCGAGUUGCUAACUUUGCCUUGGGGAUGAUAAUAGCAGCUACAGGAGUACAGAACCCAGUUUCUGGAAAUCCUAUCCAAAUUAGAGUUGGGAUCCAUACAGGUCCUGUCUUGGCUGGAGUUGUUGGAGAAAAGAUGCCUCGUUAUUGCUUGUUUGGAGACACGGUGAAUAUAGCUUCCCGGAUGGAAAGUCAUGGUGUCCCGAGUAAAAUUCAUCUAAGCUCCAGUACCUAUCAAUGCCUAAGAUACAAGAAUUUUGAGAUGACUGAAAGAGGAGAAAUAGAAGUAAAAGGCAAAGGGAAAAUGCACACAUACUUCCUCAUUAGAAAUAAAACUGCAACUGAGAAUGAGAUUAUGGGAAGGCCAAUGAAAGACUUAGAUUCUGGCCGUGAAUCUGGUCAGUCCUUUCAAGAAGGCAGGACUGAAACAAUACCAAGUUGUCAUCAGCCAGUUACUCAGACUCAGCCAGAGAAGGACCAGACCCCAGCCAUUGCAAUGAAGUAUACUGAUGGCCCUGCAGAUGCACAAAACAGCCUCAAAAGAAGAAAUCAAGCAAAAAUUGCAGAUUUAACAGGCAAAACUUGUGAUUCCAAAAGCGAUGGGAGUCUCCAUGGCAACCAGCACGCAGAUGAUGGUCCUUGUCCUCUAAACCGGGGAAGAGUCAAACCUGCUACCGAAGAGCCACAGAUUAGAAACAUUCGCUCUAAUUUUUGCACUUUACUCUAAGUUUCUUAUGUUUUACAUUAAACAGAGUGAUUUUAUUAUGAUUUAGUGCAUUUUGCUGUUGUGGGACUGAUUUUGUAUAUCAAGUACCACAUGAUUUUGUAAAAAAAAAAAAAAAAGAAAAAAGAAAAAAGACAUUUCAUUACAGUUUUCAGCAGAAACAAAAUAAUGGAGCAUUUUUUUUUUUUAAUCAAUCUACACAUGCCAUAUAAUACUCCCACUGGAGAAGGAAACCACUGCAAGAUGCUUUGAAGACGUAUUUUUCAUCCUCUGCUAUGUCUUUGAAUAUCCCUGUGUGAAAAUCAUUUUUUGGUAUCUCAUGCAGCAAUUGAGAAAGAGGUGACUCAUCCAGCUACAAAUACUCCUACUCAAAUGAGCACUUGCCGUAAAAGAAACAUUCCCUGAAGUGACCAUCUGUCUUGACUUCAGCACAGCCAGCAACUUCCCCGUCUAAGGUUAGCAGAAUUUGAUCUACAUUUUAAAUGCGAUGACAGUUUAAUCUCUUGACAGGUCUUUUGUUGGGUAAAGGCAUUAUGCAGUAGAAGUGCAGAACAGGUCUAAUACAACCUGUAUUUUUCAAUCCUGAAGAGAAAAUAUUGUGUACUUUAUAGCACCCAACAGUAAAAAAAACAUCUGCGACCUUUGAACCAGCUGUCCAUGCUAUGCUUAGAUGAUCAUAGAAGGACAUGCACAUAGUGGAGUUACGUAGUAUUGAAUUCAUCACAACACUGAAGGACUGUUCAAGGCCUCAUUUUCUCACCCCAGCUAAACAAAAAUAAAGUUUCAGGACUACAGAUGGAGCCUGUCAGUGCUGGAAUUAAUAUUGUUAACGUCAUUGAAAAUAACAGCGUUAAAGACCAGCAUCACUUACCUGGUGUCAGAGGCUCCUCAGCUGAAUUACUUCCAUGCUGAUAUAUUCUUAGAUCAUGCCUGAUCAGAAAUGGCAGAGAAAAAUUGAAGUUCAGCUGUGAGGGAUUUAAGAUGUAGGAGCAAAAAUACAAUGGUUAUAAAGGCUGUGGACAAUUCGGCACAUCAUAAACUGUGCUCUCACUCCUAUAAACGGAGCUCGCAGUGGGUGGAAUGUGCUUGUACUGGGUGACUUUGAGAGGAGAUGUGCCCCGCACACCAAUCUGUUACCUUUGGGUGUGGAUUCGUUGUCUAAGGAUGCAAGCGUGAGACCCAUUUGAACUUUGAGCAAGAAUUCACUGGAGAAGAUGAUAAUGUUACUCCUCUGUUACAGUCUGGAGCAUCACAUCUCCACCUCUGUGUCUGUGGCAGGAGUGAGGCUCCUUAAACACCAGACAGAGAGACAAGACUGAUGAAAGGCAUCUCCUCCUCUCUAUAGUAUAACAAGAUGAAAUUUCACCUGGUUAGAUUUUAUUUUUAAAUCUCUGAGAUAGUAGCUCCCUUGUCUGGGUGCUCUAAAGCUCUAUCUACAUUAGCAAGUAGUGUGGACCAGUAGAGGAGGACGUGUAGAGCAAAAUCAUCACUGCUGUUGUCCACGCUACAGGUAUUUCAGAGGGCUUGCUAGUGUGGUCCCAUGCACUGAAUUCCUGUUAGCUUUUGGAGCACCUUAUAAGCACAUCCUCUGACUUAGUUUCAUCCAGAAGAGAUCCAUUCAUGUGCUUUGAGACCACUCUACAAUGUGAAACAAAGUAUAGUAAGUGGGUUUGACUUUGGGUACUCCUGACUCUGACUGAAAUGCUGAUGUAGAUACACCCUUUAACAUUAGCACUUUCCACGGUAUAGCUGAGGAGUACCAUUCUGGGAGAGUGCAGUUUUAUGAAUGGCAGGAUAUAUUUAUUUAUUUCUUUAUAAGGAUUUUGCUAUGCAGAUACUUCAUUAUUUUGGCAAAGGCGAGAUCUACUGUAGGUUGAAGAUGCAUCUAAGGAUUGCUAUUGUUAAGUUGGGCAUCAAGAUUUUAAACAUUUGACUGUGUGCUACCCUCAGACACACAACGUCUAAAUUUCACCUUCAUCCUUAGCAACUCCUCCCUACUGGUCCAUUGCUCAUGGCUUUGCACUUCUGUGUUAUGACCGUAGCUUUAAAAACUUUCCUAAAGAAAGAUAAUACCCAAUUUCUUUCUCACUUACAAUGAUGUAAAUGUGAAGUAACAGUUAAAUUGGCACUAUCCCACUGAUUUAAGUUGAGAAUCAACUCUGACAAGACUUUCUUGUCUCCAGCAUAGAGACGUGUUUCCCUACUCUUGACUAGUCAUGCUGAUGGAACGGAGAAUGUGUCAUUUAACAAACAGCAGUGGUGGACUCCGUCUUUAUCAGCAUUCGCUAUGGAGAUACAAAGCCACUUAACACCAAGCACAAGUGUGACACAGGAGCGUACAUCUCUUAGUGGCCAGUGCUAAUGCAGGAGGAAACCUCUUGCUGUCUCAACUGCUUGUGCAGUCCCGUCCCUGAAUGGCUGAAUACCGCUGACCACCUCUCCAAAAGGAAGAAUUUCCGACUGGAAAUUGUCCAACAAGCCUGGCCAUCAGUGAAUAGGAUUUAAUAUAUAUUGCAGGGUUUAAUAUAGAUAUAUUCCAGAGUGGUUUUAGGUAGAAGCCCAGAGCUCCUCUGAACUUGUAUGGAUCCUCUUGGGAAGAAGAAAGAAAAGGACCAUGGCUUAAUUGCUGCCUGCAUCUCUCUAUCCAAAUUUUAACACUCACUUUGCUUUUACCUGCCCUUUUUGCACUGAACAAUCUAUGAAUGCUUAAUAUUGGAAUGUUUUAAUUGCCAGUAAGUGCUCCAUGGUAAGUUACUUCAUGCUGUACUGUGGUAAAACUGAUGUGCUCAGUGGUUUCUCUGUGGCCUCUGCUACAAUCUGGUUCUUCUGGAGAAGCAGAGCUAGGUCAAAUUUGCACAACUGCUUUUAAAAAUUAAUGUGCCUGUGCAUCAUCAUGUGUUCUUAAAUCUGUGGGCACUGCUAAAGACUGCAAAAAUAUAAUUAAAAAAUAAAUCUUUCCAUUAAUAUGCUGACUGCCAUUUGUCAAUGACUACUUUGAUUCCUUUCCCUCUUUUCCCUUCCACCUUUUCUGUUCUUUUUCCCUAUAAGUAUACAAAAGUUUAAUACCAUUAUACCUCUAAUAAAUGUCUGGUGAGUUUGAUUUCUUGACCAUGCACAAAGUUACAUGUAUUUGUGUGACAUCAGAAUCAGCAGCCCACUACAACUGACAUUAUCAUAUGCUUGCUAAUAUGCAAUCUCAGUGUCAGCGACCUAUCUACAUUGAAUUGCCGCAAAAAAAAAGGGUGGGAGAAGAGAAUUCCCACUGCUGCUUCAUGGAAGCUGAGGCUUAGAAAACUUAAAAGUUGAGACUUUUGAAAGCUGUCUAAAGCAUAUGGAUCCCCAAAUCCCAUUAAAUCUGGUGUUCGAACAUGAAUUGUCAAAAGCUUGGGUACCUUAAUGGUCUAGGGGCCAGAUUUUCAAAGACAGACGUUUGUUGUUACUUUGCUAAGUGAAAUUAACUGGAUUUAGGUACUUAACACAUAUUUAGUGUCUAGUUUCUGACAAUGAAGCUUUCUUUAGAACAUUUAAAAAGGACUUCCCUGUAAAUGCCUUCUAAAAUGAGCUGUUCAGUAAACUUCCCAAACUGUAACCUCA